CCCUGCACUGUCACUUGCUCUAUUUGCCCCUCUCGCCGUAUAGAACCAUGGCCCCAGGUUGAAAUAGUUCAAUCACGUGAUACUGGUGCCUGAAUCUUCUGUUGAUUAUCAAUUCUUUACCAGUGCAACUCAGGUUCAUGACGCGGCUUUGUUCUUUCACCUCCGACCUCCAUGGAAGUCUCAUUCAGAGGGCCUCGAAAAUUGUGACUGCGCCAUUGUUCGGCUUGCAGCAGCGUGCAACUUGUUAGCUUGUAUAGCAGUAUUGCGCUCCGGGCUCCACCGAACAAUUAUAAAUAUCGGGGGCAGCAAUAGUCUCUGCAGCACCCUUCGUUCAUUUUUUGCAAGAUUAAAUCGGUAUUAACAUAUUAUCCGUCCAGUUCUUUAUUAUUAGCCUUCAACAUGCGCGAAAUAGACCCUCUAGUCUUUGAAUAUCAACAUGACAGGCACAGACCCAGAGAAUCUGAGGCCUUAACAAUGCUCAAAAAGAUCGCAUCGCUGGUCAAACCUAUCAUGCGCCGGAGGGCCUGGAAAGUAGGAACGCUCAGUGAAUUCUAUCCUCAUCAACAAAACCUCCUUGGGCUUAAUAUCAACAAAGGCCAAAAAAUAUGCCUUCGACUGCGGUACCCUUAUGACGAGCGUCAGUUUCUCCCGCUCGAACAAGUCGUCGAUACGAUGCUGCAUGAGCUGUGUCACAUCGUGCAUGGGCCGCAUAACCGAGAGUUCCAUGCUCUCUGGAACCAGCUACGUGAUGAGUAUGAAGAGCUUCUUAUGAAGGGCUAUACUGGGGAGGGGUUCCUUUCCGAAGGUAAACGCCUAGGCGGCCGUAGGAUACCUCUUCACGAAGUCCGGAGACAAGCCAAAGCGGCCGCAGAGCAGAGACGGGCACUGUCCGCUGGGUCGGGGCAACGACUAGGAGGUGCUCCUGUACUACGGGGAGCAGACAUGCGCCGAGUUAUUGCGGAUGCUGCACAAAGACGCAUAGAUGUAACGACGGGCUGCGCUUCAGGAGCAGAGAACAGCAACGAACUCGCAGAAGAAGCGUCCAGGAAUGGCUUCCGGACGAAGGCCGAGGAGGACGACGCGAAUGAACAAGCAAUUAUGCAGGCUUACAUUGAUUUGAUUGAGGAAGAAGAGAGGGAAAGAUACGGCCCUUCUUAUGUUCCUCCAAGCCAUGAGAAUCCGGCCGGUCCUCAUUCAACUUUAUCUCCUCCACCUGUUCCCGAGAACACUAGACCUACAAUGUUACCACAACCUCAAGAACCAAUAGACCUUACAGUUGAUAACAGCUUGUUCGAGGCGCCAUGGACAUGUCCAACUUGCACUUUAGAGAACCCGGCCAACUUUUUGUGCUGUGAUGCCUGUACAGCAGAGCGACCUCGACCAUCGAAUACACGUUCUGUAUCUGGGCCUGCCAAGAUCCCGGGCAGUUCGGAAUCCCAGAACAAGAAUAAGCGUCGGAUAAGCUACUUGGAUAGCCAACCCACUUUCAAGAACCGUACUAAUGCCGUCGAGACUCUUGCCGCAUUUGAAAAGAAUACCGCUAAGCGACCGCUCGGGUGGAUCUGUCAAUUCUGUGAGACUUUUAUGGAGACGGAAUGGUGGACGUGCUCGAACUGCGGGACAAUGAAGGCUAGCUCCUAAGUUAAACGUAUGGACUGCCCUCACAUACCGCUCCUCUGAUGAUUUCACGAAAGAUGAUGGUGUAUGACUUCUUUACUGGGUUCUAGAAUCCUCAAACACUUUUCUAAUAGUAUGGCUCAAUUAUUGAACUUAUUGGAUCAAGAAAAUCAUAUAAAUUGUUGGACCUUCGAUGGUUGCAACAUUUAAAGUCCU